AUGGUAGAAAAAUCUGCACCAACUUCUACUGAAAAUGAAGAAAGUGUAGAAAUAUCUACUACCAAAGCACCAAGUCUAGUCAAGGCGUACAUGCCUCUCAUUCAUUUUCCUCAAAGGCUUAAGAAGAAUAGACAAGACAUAAAUUACGAAAAUUUUCUCACUAUUCUCAAGGAGCUCCAGAUCAAUAUUCCGUUCAUUGAUGUGAUAUUAGAAUUUCCAAGUUACGCGAGAUUUUUGAAAAAGAUGUUCACAAAGAAAAGAAAGUUUCUAGAGUUUGAAACUGUGCCAUUAGCUAAGGAAAGUAAUGCAAGAGUGCAAAAUAAAUCGCCUCCAAAAUUGAAAGAUCUAGGGAGUUUUACUCUACCAAUUUCAAUUGGAAAUUCCAGUUCUGUUAAUGCAUUAUGCGACAUAGGUGCUAGUAUAAAUCCGUUGCCAUGUGGCAAAGUUGAGAGUGUACUCAUAAAAGUAGGAAAUUUAAUAUUUCCUGCGGACUUCAUUGUGAUGGACAUACCAGAAGAUCGAGACAUUCUAGUUAUAUUGGGUUGGUCAUUCUUAGCAACGGGACGAACCUUGAUUGACAUGGAGAAGGGUGAGCUAAUAUUAAGGGUGGAAGACAAACAAGAGAUAGUCAAUAUUUACACCUACUAUAAGCUACAUCCCAACAUCAGAAGUUGUUGUAGAUUUGAUUAA